AGACGCAGAGAGACGUGGAGAGAGAUUGAGCGGGAAACACGAGGACAGAGUGAGAGACGAGGACAGCCCGGCUGCCCCUGGAGCCCCCGCCCCGCCUUCAUGCCCAGCAGGUGGCCCGCCUGGCCCAUCCUCCCAGGUAAGCUGCAGCCCGUGCUGCAGGCAGUCUGACUCAGUCCCCAAGGUGACUCUUGAGGAGUGGCUGCACCCCGGAGGAUGGCUCAGGUCCUGCACGUGCCAGCCCCCUUCCCAGGGACCCCCGGCCCAGCCUCCCCGCCCGCCUUCCCUCCCAAGGAGCCCGACCACCCCCCCUACUCGGUGGAGACGCCUUACGGCUACCGCCUGGACCUGGACUUUCUCAAGUACGUGGAUGACAUCGAGAAGGGCCACACGCUGCGCCGGGUGGCCGUGCAGCGCCGGCCCCGCCUCGGCUCGCUGCCCCGCGGCCCUGGCUCCUGGUGGACGUCCACCGAGUCCCUGUGCUCCAACGCCAGCGGGGACAGCCGCCACUCGGCCUACUCCUACUGCGGCCGCGGCUUCUACCCGCAGUACGGCGCCCUGGAGACGCGCGCCGGCUUCAACCCGCGCGUGGAGCGCACGCUGCUGGAUGCGCGGCGCCGCCUCGAGGACCAGGCGGCCGCGCCCCCCGGCCUCGGCUCCCUGACGCCCAGCGCGGCCGGCUCGACGAGCUCGCUGGUGGGCGUGGGGCUUCCCCCGCCGACGCCGCGGAGCUCGGGACUGUCCACGCCGGUGCCCCCCAGCGCCGGGCACCUGGCGCACGUGCGUGAGCAGAUGGCAGGCGCGCUGCGCAAGCUGCGGCAGCUGGAGGAGCAGGUGAAGCUGAUCCCCGUGCUCCAGGUGAAGCUGUCGGUGCUGCAGGAGGAGAAGCGACAGCUCACCGUGCAGCUCAAGAGCCAGAAGUUCCUGGGCCACCCCGCGGGGGCCCGGGGCCGCGGAGAGCUCUGCCUGGACCUCCCCGAGGCCCCCGAGGACCCAGGGGCGCUGGAGAUGCGGAGCGUGGGCACCUGGGUCCGCGAACGGGACUUGGGCAUGCCCGACGGGGAGGCGGCCCUCGCCGCCAAGGUCGCCGUGCUGGAGACCCAGCUCAAGAAGGCGCUCCAGGAGCUGCAGGCCGCGCAGGCCCGGCAGGCCGAACCCCCGCCCCAGGCCUGGCCACCGCCGGACAGCCCCGUGCGCGUGGACACCGUCCGGGUGGUGGAGGGGCCACGGGAGGUGGAGGUGGCGGCCAGCACGGCCGCCGGGGCCCCCGCGCAGCGGGCCCAGAGUCUGGAGCCCUACGGGGCAGGGCUGCGGGCCCUGGCGACGCCUGGAGGGGCCGAGAGUCCCCCCGUGUUCCGUAGCCACGAGGUGGUGGAGACCACGUUCCCAGCGCCCGCUGCGGCCCCCGGCAACGUCCACGUGGUGAAGAAGAUCAGCAUCACGGAGCGCAGUGGGCCGGCAGGGCUCCCACAGGCCCCCGCAGAGCCGUCCUUGUCGCCCCCGGGGUCCACAGCCGCCUCCCUGGCACAGCCCGAGAAGAACUCAGGCCAGGCGCCCACCCGUGACACCACCACCAGGGAGCCCUCCAGGCAAGCGGCCUCGUGUGUGUCGGAGGGGGCCGAGGGCGCAGGCGGGCCCCAGGCAGGUGUGCGGUCCAUCAUGAAGCGGAGAGAGGAGGCCGCAGACCCCGCGGCGCACCGCAGGAGCCUGCAGUUCGUGGGGGUCAACGGCGGGUAUGAGUCCUCCUCCGAGGACUCCAGCACGGCGGAGAACUUCUCGGACAAUGAGAGCACAGAGAACGAGGCCCCAGAGCCCGAGGAGAGGGUUCCGAGUGUGGCUGAAGCCCCCCAGCUGAGGCCCGAGGAGACAGCGGGAGCCAAGAGCAGCCGGGAGGAGUGUCAGCUGUCUCGGGAGUCUCAGCACAUGCCCACAGCCGAGGGGGCAUCGGGAGCCAACGCGGAGGAGGAGAUUCCGAUGGAGCUCAGUCCUGACCUCAUCUCCGCCUGCCUGGCCCUGGAAAAGUACCUGGACAACCCCAAUGCCCUCACAGAGCGCGAGCUGAAGGUGGCCUACACCACCGUGCUGCAGGAGUGGCUGCGCCUGGCCUGCCGCAGCGACGCGCACCCCGAGCUCGUGCGGCGCCACCUGGUCACCUUCCGGGCCAUGUCGGCGCGGCUGCUGGACUACGUGGUCAACAUCGCCGACAGCAACGGCAACACCGCGCUGCACUACUCCGUGUCGCACGCCAACUUCCCCGUGGUGCGCCAGCUGCUCGACAGCGGUGUCUGCCAGGUGGACAAGCAGAACCGAGCCGGCUACAGCCCCGUCAUGCUCACCGCGCUGGCCACCCUGAAGACCCAGGAUGACAUCGAGACGGUCCUGCAGCUCUUCCGGCUCGGCAACGUCAACGCCAAGGCCAGCCAGGCGGGGCAGACAGCCCUGAUGCUGGCGGUCAGCCACGGGCGCGUGGACGUGGUCAAGGCUCUGCUGGCCUGUGAGGCGGACGUCAACGUGCAGGAUGACGACGGCUCCACGGCGCUCAUGUGCGCCUGCGAGCAGGGCCACAAGGAGAUCACUGGGCUGCUGCUGGCUGUGCCCAGCUGCGACAUCGCACUCACCGACCGCGACGGGAGCACGGCUCUGACGGUGGCCCUGGACGCGGGGCACAGCGAAAUCGCGUCCAUGCUCUACUCCCGCAUGAACAUCAAGUGCUCGUUCGCCCCGAUGUCAGACGAUGAAAGUCCUGCCUCUUCCUCUGCAGAAGAGUAGCCGUGAGGGGGCCUCUCCGCGGGGACCAGCCAGCCCCAGCGCCAACCGUCCGUUCCUCCUCCUCCAUCUCUCGUCCCCUCCCUGGCCAGCCCCCACUGGUACCCACCAAGGCCCCAUCUCAAAGGCCAGUGGGAUUUUCUUCUGCUUCCCAGGGGGGCAGCCCCCACAGCGACAACACGCCAUCGUCCCGCGGGCUUUUCCCGGCACCCAGUUCAAAGCCGCCCCAGCGCCGGCGGAAGCUGCCUUCUUCCAUGAAGUGGCGCCAGGGGCUGAUGCUGGGGCGUGGGCUUAACCCUGAGAACCAUCGACUGACAAUUAUGGACGGGGGAAAGGAUAUGGGAGUUCUGAAUCAUCGGGGGAGGGGAGAGUCUUAUCACUUGUUGCCAGAUUUGAAAGUCACUGGAAUCGCCUCUAUUCCUCUUAAUCCUGAAUGUUCCCGCGCGCAGGUUGUGUCUAGAGCGGCUUCAGGCCGCCUCCCCCCCCCCCCCAGCCCCGGCUCCCACAUUUAAUUGUCUGUAAUCGCGUCUUGUCCCUCCCCGCAGCCGCCUGCCCCGGGGGGCUGUUCUUGUGGUGUCUUCACAAAACGCAUUCUGCCCUGGUCAGCCGGGGCGGGAGCUCAGCGAUUUCUGCCCUCCUGCUGCCACCACCCGGGUCCCCCCAUUCGGGUGGGGGGCUCAGGACCCAGCAGCCGAGAGGGGCCAGCGUUUCCCCCCUGUCGGAAAUUAACCAGAGAAAUUAAAGGAGAAAUUAACCAGAAACCGUGCCCCCCACCCCCGAGGCCCCGGCCAGGGCUCCCGUUCCUAGAAAAGCCUUCAGACGUGGAUCCAGGGCAGCUGCCGAGUCCCCGGGCUGAGAAGCCUGGUGGCGGCCGUCCCUGUCCUCCCCGAGGCCUGUGCUGUUGGCAGAGCAGAGGGCGCCGCAGGCCCCACGUGUGCGUGAUUAAAAGCUGGCCGUUCCCGAGGGCCCAGCGCAAACUUAAGGAGACAGGGCUUUGCCGGAAACCAAACAAGGGCCAGCUGGGUCCUUUAACCACCUCCAGGCUUCCUGGGGUUGCCUGGACCCCAGCCUGCUGGAAACGGGGCUCGCCAGACACACGCCGCCCCCCGCCCGGCCUGUCGGGUGCCCAGAAGCUGAGCGGAGUUUCUUUCCUGUUCCUUCCUUUUGUGAACCAAAAAGAAACCAGGGGUGGGUCUUGAGCUUGGACAAGUGCCUUGUGACAGGGGAGUAAGAGCCACUGGGAAGGGGGCCUCUGCCCUCUCUGGGCCGCCAGGGUGGCAGGCAGACCCCAGCAGGACGGAGCGCGUCCCCAGAGCCGCGUCCACUCAGUGAGGCGAAGUGCUGGCUUCUGUCCUGGAAAAGUGGGUUUCUCGGCUCGAUGGAGGCUGGCUGUAAGAAGAGAGAGCUUGGAUGGUCAAAGGAGACACCCUAGAUGGUGUGUGUGUGUGUGUAACUGGAGAGAAAACCAGACCCAGGCUGAGUGACCACUGGUGUCUGACGGAAGGGAGAAGUUUUGAGAAGCGGUACAAGAGUCGUGUGCCCGGGUGUCCAGCCCCGGAGUCAGUGGGUGCGUUUCUUGGAAGCUUCUAGAAGCUUCUAGAAGGAUCCCUGCAUUCCCUUCCCCCUCGGGCCCACAGGGCUUGGCGUGGGAGGAUCCAGGGAGGACCUGCCCCGUCCCAGUUCUCUUCUCACAUGUAUCCAUGACCCUUGACCUCACUUUCUGACCACGGUACGUCCACAAAGACAGUAUUACACUUAAAUGAAGUAUUCCUUUUUGUAAUCGUUUUUAGAAAGUAAAGGAAUUUAAUAAAGCUGCCUUAUGAUAAGCUGACA